UGACCACUGUGUAUGACCAGUCACAGCGGUGGCCUCAGGGCGUUGUUGACACAGGGUUAGUGGCCCUGAGUCACUCACCUAAAUCAUAUGCUGUCAUUGCAUGGUUGUCCUGAAUUCUUCACUUUUGUCCAUCAGUCCACACUGACGACACGCUGCUGUUAUCACUCACUCCCAAAGGAGGAGUAGAAUAAUAACACGAUAACACGUGGUUUGUCACAGCAGCAUGACACUGUCCAGACACCGUCUGAAGACGUCUAAAAUUAUCUGUAAAAAUCACAACAUUUCCCUAAUCCCAGGUUAUUAAUCGCCUAAAAUAAACUACAUGUGCAACUUCGUCUGUGUGGUUAUGGGGAGGAGGCGUCGGCGCAGGUGAUUGGCUGGAUACCUGACUGCCUUGUCUGGGGGAGGUGUAUGUUUGGAGGUACUUUAAAGCAGCCCGAGCUGAAUUAUUUGAAUUUCCUGUAUGGACGUCUCGUAUCAGGUGAAAAGAGAUGAGGAAAGUUGGCUGGAACAAUCUGAGGGAUUUAAUCAUCAGGAACCCUGGAGUGGUCGAUCAGGACCCAAAGGAUGAAGGUGGGGAAGAGACCAACGAACGAGGAAGCUGGGCCAGUAAGAAGGAGUACAUCCUCUCUACAAUCGGCUACGCCGUUGGACUGGGAAACAUCUGGAGGUUUCCAUAUUUGGCCUACAAAAAUGGAGGAGGAGCUUUUCUCAUUCCUUACUUUGUGAUGUUGGUGGUGACUGGAAUCCCACUUUUCUUUCUGGAGAGUUCUAUCGGCCAGUUCUGCAGCCAAGGGCCCAUUAACAUAUGGAGAGCAGUGCCUAUACUGCAGGGUGUGGGUGCGGCCAUGGUCAUGGUGACUCUGAUCGUGUCCAUUUACUAUAACGUCAUCCUCUCCUACAGCUUGUACUACAUGUUCGCCUCCUUCCAGUCACCUCUGCCCUGGUUUGACUGCGGCGACUGGGCCGACGCUAACUGUAGCAACACAAUACCAGUGCCUUGUAACAUGAGUGAGGUGUUAGGGGUUAAUGUGACUCAGGAGAACGUCACCUGCCAUUUAUCAAAUGUAUCAACGACUGUUCACUUGCAGAGUCCAAGUGAACAAUACUGGGAUCGUGUUGCUCUACAAAGGUCCAGUGGUCUGGACGAAACUGGACCUGUGGUCUGGCACCUGGCCCUGUGUCUGCUGCUGAGCUCCAUCAUUGUUACAGCAGCUCUCAUCAGAGGCAUCAAGUCAUCAGGGAAGGUUGUGUAUUUUACAGCCACAUUUCCCUACGCUGUCAUCUUUAUCCUGCUGAUCCGAGGUGUGACACUGGAGGGCGCUAUGGACGGGAUUGAGUUCUACAUCGGUUCACAGUCGAAUAUGACUAAACUGACUGAAGCUGAGACCUGGAAAAGUGCAGCGACCCAGACCUUUUAUUCUCUGUCUAUUGGCUGGGGUGGAGUCAUGACCCUGGCUUCAUACAACAACUUCCAAAACAAUGUGUUCAAAGACACAUUUGUGGUGACACUGACUAAUGCAGGCACCAGUGUACUUGCAGGUUUUGCAAUAUUUUCAAUUCUGGGUCACAUGGCUCAUAGCUACGAAAUUCCUGUUGAACAGGUUGUAAAAGAAGGGUUUGGUCUGGCCUUCAUUGCAUAUCCAGAUGCUUUGUCCAAGCUUCCCGUAUCACCUCUGUGGUCCGUCUUGUUCUUUGUCAUGCUUCUGACAGUUGGCCUGGACUCCCAGUUUGCAGGGAUAGAGGUGAUCACCACCUGCCUGAAAGAUGCAUUCCCUAAAGUGUUCAAAAAUAAACACGCCGUUCUGACUGUGACCACAUGCACUUUCCUAUUUCUCCUUGGUUUACCGUGUGUCACACAGGCAGGAAUAUACUGGGUGACGCUGAUCGACCAGUUCGUUGCCACAUGGGUGCUUCUUGUUUUGGUCCUGUUGGAGAUUAUUGGCGUCAUCUACAUAUACGGAGGGAACCGUUUUAUUAAAGACAUCGAGAUGAUGCUUGGAAGAAAGAGUUUUUGUUUCUGGCUGUGGUGGAGAGCAUGUUGGUUUUUCAUCAGUCCCAGUAUAAUAACAGUGAUCCUGGUCUGGUCUUUGAUGACAUUAGAGCCAGCUUCAUAUGGAAACGUGGAGUACCCAGCCUGGGGCCUGGCUUUGGGCUGGUGCAUGGUUGUGUUCAUUCUCCUCUGGAUCCCUGGCUUUGCUAUUUAUAAGUUGAUAAGGACAGAAGGAAGCCCCUGGCAGCGUUUCAAGUCAUUGUGCUCCCCAUCAAAAGACUGGCAUCCCUACCUGGACAUCCAUCGAGGAGAACGUUACGCAGACGUACAGUCCUGUGACCUGAGAACCCUCGAGAACAAAUCGCAUGUCGAUGUGAACGUUAUCAGCAGCUCUUGGCUCUGAGGUGUCUUUGGUGUUCUGACCUCACUCAGGUGGGUCUGUAUAAAACUACUUUGGACCCUAACAUUAUCUGGAUAGACAGACAUGCAGAGAGACAGACAGAAUAAGUAAGGCAGUAGAAUAAUUAAGGUUUAUCUGUGGUUUUUACGUCAGCAAUUGUGUCCCAGAGCCAUAAUAAAACCACACCUGUAUUAAUACAGUAUAAAUUCAAAUUCAGAGGUUCUUCUUUCAGAGCAGUAAAGGGAGAACGUUUUAGUUUGAAUCCUGGUGGAACUACAGCUCUAAUUUUGUUAUUUAAUCGUUCUAAUUUUCAAUUUAAGUUGUUUAUGCUUUUCAUGUGAAAUCCCAUUCUGUGGGUUCUGUUUACUGUAUAUCUCCUGUCAGCCCAUAGACUCUGUGCUUUGUUUUAUUUAUUCUUUAUUCAACUGUGAGAGAGUCACAGAAGAAGACGAGGUCAAAUUCCUUGUCUGUGUUUUUAUACCAGCCAAUAAAAUGUAUGAUGUAUAAAAUGUAUAAUGUAUAAAAUGUAUUCGGGUUUGGUGUAAUACUCUCUCUGCUUUAUUUUCCUGACAUGCAUAUUCCAUGUUCUUUGAGUGAAUGUCUAUCCUUCAGAUACAAUCUCAGAAAGUUUUAGCUUGAAGCUGUAUUAUGUAUGUAUUAUGCUCAAACACGAGGUUCCAGGCCUCCUCUGCUGCAGAAGAAUUACCUCCACAUCAUUUAUGACAACAUGACACAUAAAUCAUUUUUUCAAAGAUGCCAAAACCAGCCUGGGCCACCUUUCCUCAUUAGGAACAGUGCAGGAGAGGCGUAGACUUGUAAUCACAUAAUUUCCUCAAUAAAAAAAAACAAUAUCAGUCUAAAGCACUGACAAUAAGCCAGGUAAGCAUAUACAAUAUAUUCAAUAGAAAAGUCAAGCCAUGUAUUUCCUAAUAACAAAGCACUCGCUUAUACAGUAUAGACUGUAUGUAGUGUAGUUAUACAUAAUGUGACUUCAUUUGUAGGGAUGUCCGAUAUUAACUUUUUGCCGAUAUCUGAUAUGCCGAUAUUAUCCAAUUUCCGAUUCUGAUAUCAACCAAUACCGAUAUAGGCCUGGUGUUAUUUAUUGCAUUUAUCUAUACACACCACUGUAUGAUUAGGAGAUAAAUUAAAUGAGCUGCAAUGCUGCCAUCUAGUGACUUUCCCUUUAAUUUACAGCCGUUUAUCCCCAAAACUAUUUUUAGGGCACACAUCAUUUGGCAAAACUCAGGCAUUGCGUUAUCGGAUUUUUAUUUUUCGGAGGAAAAACCUGAUAACGAUUCUUACAGAUGUUACAUAUUAUGCUAAUAUCACUCGAUCGCAACGUCACCUGUAGCUCAACUUAAACAUUUUAGAGUCGCCGUGCCUGUGUGCUUAGUGAUUCAGUUAUAUUUACUGUACUACCUAUAUGUGUGACCUGACAGUGCACACACUGUUCACACUGUUUUUCCUCUGGCUCCUUUUUUGUUUCCUCUGGAUGUUUUUAUUAACCACUUACAUUACUAAAACCUAAACCCAAAUUAACAGAGAAAAACACAGCUGAAGGCCACACACAGUCUGAUUCUAGAUUAAACUGGUUUUUAAAAAGCUCUGAAAUUAUAAGGAUAUGGAAAAUAGCUGGAAAAUAUGCAGUGGCUUCCAAUUAUAGUGACUGUCAAUUAUGUGAGUUGUUUAUUCAUUUCUGCUCUAUUUAUACAUUAAAUAAUGUCUACAUUGUAAUGAUACAAUGUUUAAUUAUUAAA